CUUUAGUUUACGUUAGUGUCUUCGGUAAUAUAGUUUUUGUGUUAGUGCUUAGGAAAUGGCUGCUUUGGAUAAGUCUUCAAGCUGUCGUAGUGUGUCUUCCCACAAGGUUUUCCCCAGCCAUGAAUCUAUGAUCUUCCAAAAAUCACAGAGUGUUCGCUCCAGUAGCCAUUUCUGUGAUUUGGAAAUUGAAGGCGAUGAAGAUGACGUUGAGCAACAGACUGAGCUGGAUGCAAUAAGCCUCUAUAGUUUCCCACAAGAGGAUAACCUUGUCCCACCGCCCACUUUUAUCAAAGUUCCUUCCAAGAAGCCAUCACAAGCACCCAAGCCGGGUGAAUCCCGUAUGUGGGUGAUACUGCUGGAUCAGGGUCUUUUUACUGUUUACAAGCGUCUAUUCCUUCUCUCCCUUGCACUCAAUUCAACUGCCUUCAUUUUGGCUGCCACCGGUCAUUUUCCAUACGCUAGGAAAGAAGCUGCUCUUUUUUCAGUAGGGAAUAUUCUAGCAUUAGUAUUGUGCCGAAACGAGGCCUUUCUUAGAUGCGUGUUCUGGGUAUCAGUGAAGGUUUUAGGAAGGUCAUGGGUUCCACUCCCUAUCAAGAUCGCCACAACAUCGUUCCUUCAGUGCUUAGGAGGAGUUCACAGCGGCUGUGGUAUUUCCUCCAUCAUGUGGUUGAUUUAUUCCCUGUUGCAAACUUUUCCUCACCCUGAGACCACCUCCCCGGUGAUAAGAGGCGUGGCAUGGGCCAUACUGGGGCUUCUGGUGAUAAGCUCACUCGCAGCAUUCCCUCUGGUCCGACACUUACACCACAAUGUCUUCGAAGGAUUCCAUCGUUUUGCGGGCUGGAUUGCUCUCGCUUUGCUUUGGGUUUUCGUUAUACUCACUGCCGCUUACACUCCUGCCCACAAAUCUUACCAGUUGCGUGGCUCGGAACUUGUCAAGAAGCAGGAUUUCUGGUUCACUAUAGUCAUCACCUUUCUCAUAAUCCUGCCAUGGCUAACAGUGAGGAAAGUUCCAGUGCAAGUAUCGUCUGCUUCCGGUCACGCUAGUUUGAUAAAAUUCUCCGGCGGGAUCAGAGCGGGCCUUCUCGGGCGCAUCAGUAGAUCUCCACUCUCAGACUGGCAUGCGUUUGGAUUAAUCUCCGACGGGAAAGAUGAACACAUGAUGCUCGCCGGAGCUGUGGGAGAUUUUACUAAAAGUUUGGUAUCUGAUCCGCCAAAAUAUUUGUAUACUCGUUGUGUUAAAUUUGCAGGGCUGCCUUAUCUGAUAAACAUGUACAAGAAAGUGGUUGUGGUGGCCACAGGGUCGGGCAUCUGUGUGUUUCUGUCUUUCUUGAUGCAGGCUUGCCCAGCAGAGGUGUAUGUCAUUUGGGUGGCCAAAGAGAUGGAGAAAAACUUUGGAGGGGACAUUGUGAAAUGGAUCAAGAGCUACCCUUAUGAAAAGAGGAUUAUUCACGACACAGCUUUUCUGGGUCGUCCAAACGUACCGCAGAUGACAGUGGAAGCAGUGAAAAAGUGGGGAGCAGAAGUUGUGAUAGUGACGAGUAAUCCGAGUGGGAGCAGAGACGUGGUGAAUGGAUGCAAAACCGCGGGAAUUCCAGCUUUUGGUCCAAUAUGGGACUCUUGAUUUCAUCUUUGUAUUAAGCAGCUUAUGUCCCUACAUAUAGGUAGAAUUAUCUUAGAAAUAGAGGCAAAACAAGUAUGGCCCUCUAGGUCUUUAAUAAAAAAUAAAUAUAGAUAUGGUUUAGGAUUGAUCUAUCUCAAUUUCAAUGAGCAUUGAAAUGGUCCAUGAAUACUAAAGCUUCAAAACGUACCAAGUUAGUUUUCAUGUUGUGAUAUGUUAUGCAUUUUAUUUAAUGAUGUGAUAUGUUGUUAUGUCAU